AUGAGUGUCGUGGUGCUCAAUCGCAACUUUGGACGCCGAGAGACCCACGAGCUGCGACUGGUCCGCAACGUCUGGCCGAUCAUCAACCUGUGCAACACGCUGACCCACAUCAUCGACGAAAGCUCGCCCCUCUUCCACUUGUCGACCGACGAGCUGCUGUCGGGGGACCAUUUCUUCGUGGUGCUCUUCACGGGGCUGGACAACAUCAUCAGCGAGACCAUGGUCGCCCGGAAGGCCUACCACGCGUGCGAUAUCCUGGUGGACCACCACUUCGAGGACAACAUCACGCUCACGGCGGACGGCCUGUACAUCGACCUGGACGCCAUCAACGCCACGUACUUCGACCCCGACGUCGCCUCAGAGGAGCAGCCAGCAGAUUCGGCAGACAAGCGCGACGUGUACGUCACCGGCUUCGGCAAGUUCGGCGACAUCCUGGAGAACCCCACGACGUUCCUGGCCAAGAAGCUGGAGGAGCACCCCAAAGUGACCGAGUCCCACGUGCUCGAGGAGCGCGGGCGACCGUGCAUCUUCCUGCACUUUGGAAUCAUCCACGAGGGCGAGCCGGACGAGAUCACCACAAAAGUGCCGGUUGAAGAGAUGCUGCCGACGUUGAAGGCCGUGCACCCGAGGAUUGCACUGUCGACCGACCCGGGCCGGUACAUCUGCAACUACGUGUACUACCGCUCGCUUGUGUGGACCAAGCGCCAACAAGCCAAGGGACACCCCGAGCACCUCGCGCUGUUCGUCCACGUGCCCGAGUACCGGAACGUCGUGUUCGAGGACCAGGUCGCGCUGGCCUCCAAGAUCGUCGACCUCGUGGCCGACCUGUAG